AAUUAUUUGAUAUAAGCUUCUUUUUGAUGCAUUUUCUUCUUUGCUGUACUUUGUGUUUGUUCGUGUUUUGAGAAAACUGAUUGCGUAUUUGGUGUUGUGUUACCGAUUUUAGGAGAAAUGAGACUUAUCAAGGGCAUUCUAUGGUCUGCUAAUGUUAGCCUGUCUCGCCGAUUUCAGCGACCUACGAUGGUCAGGACCUUUUCUACCAGUCCAUCUUCAGAUACUGUUGACAACCAAAGCACUAAUUCAUUUGAAUCUGCCGAUGCCUUUGAGCGACGGAUUUUUGGUGAUAUUAACGGGGAUGGUUCAAAUUCUAGUUCCUUUUAUCAGAAGCUUGAUAGGGUUGAAAAAGCGCAUGACAGAUCCGGUCUGGGUUCUAAAUUCAAUUUUGGAAAGAGAUCGGAGUUUAUGGAUGGUCUAGAUGAGAGCUUCAGUACAUUGUCAGAUGGGAUGGAUGGGAAGUUGAAAAAAGCAGCUACAUACUUUGAGUAUGAUGUUGAUGAGAUAGAUAAAGAUGACUAUGCUUUCAGACCGGAUAUAACUUUUAGGGGGGCGACGACCUACGACACUAAGGAUCUUGAUCUUACAAAGCCAGGUGUACGUAAACCUUUCAAAAGGCCUGAAUUUGAAGUAACAACUGAGGAAGUUCUGAGGAAAGCUGAUUUCAGGAAUGUGAGAUUUCUUGCCAACUUUUUAACAGAAGCUGGAAUCAUAAUUAAGAGGAGCAAGACCAAAAUUAGUGCCAAGGCCCAGAGGAAAGUUGCUAGGGAGAUCAAGACAGCCCGAGCUUUUGGUCUAAUGCCUUUCACCACCAUGGGAACAAAACAAUUUGUUUUUGGCAAAACUAUGGAGGAUCUUGAUGAGGAUUAUGAAUAUGACACCUUUGAUUCUCGAAAUUUUGUUGAUGCAGAGCCAAGUAGAGGCCGUGGUGCCUAGGGACUCGUGUCCUCUUUGGGAUUAAUUUUUGUUUCCAAGAUCUAUGGAAUUCGUGAAAAUCAUGCCGGCUUAACUGCGUGGUGGUCAGGUUUAUAGGACAGUGAUACUCCUGUCUUUUUGCAACUUCUAUCAUUCCACUUGCAUGUGCCCACAAAGAAUUUGAGGUUUUCCAUGGAAUGCCCGAGUGUUGCCCUGCCGGCUGGGGCUGACCAACCCUCCAUUCUGUCGCAGGUGUACCCUUACUGUGUAACCAAUGCAGUGACUAGGGAUGAUACCAUCAUUAAGGCUACUUUUUUUGUGUGCUAUCAGAUAUCUGAGUAUGGUGCCUAAUUUUAUUUAUCCGGCUCUUUGGAUCUUAGGAUGUUUUAGCCUUAAAUUAAAGGCUAGGUUCAAACGAGGAAACACCUGCUGUGUAUACCUAGGAACUCAAAGGCAAGGUAGGACAUGGUAAUUCGAAAGUAACAAGACGCGUUGGGGAAUUGAAAAUAGGUAGGUUGUUAAAAAAGUCAAACUGCUUUGUAGAUGGGAAAAGGAUCCUCUACGGGGAAGUAAAAAAUAAUGAAACAGGUUGCUAGGACAUGCCGCUGCUUAUGGGCCUAUGGCCUCCACUUCGUGAGAGAGAACACCAAAUAGAAUUUUUUUGGCGCAGUUUGGUGAUUUGAAUCUUUGUCUUUUUCCUUAAAUAUCUUGGUUG